AUCGUUACUCAGGGACACAGAAUUGUUACUGAGGGACACAGAAUCGUUACUCAGGGACACAGAAUUGUUACUCAGGGACACAGAAUUGUUACUGAGGGACACAGAAUCGUUACUCAGGGACACAGAAUCGUUACUCAGGGACACAGAAUCGUUACUCAGGGACACAGAAUCGUUACUCAGGGACACAGAAUCGUUACUGAGGGACACAGAAUCGUUACUCAGGGACACAGAAUCGUUACUCAGGGACACAGAAUCGUUACUCAGGGACACAGAAUCGUUACUGAGGGACACAGAAUCGUUACUGAGGGACACAGAAAUGUUACUCAGGGACACAGAAUCGUUACUCAGGGACACAGAAUCGUUACUCAGGGACACAGAAUCGUUGAAUUAAAGAGUAUGUCAGACAACACGCAGAGGAGUGGCAGAGGAGGCAAUGUUUCAGGA